GUAGCACCGGCACCACCAGCCAGCACCAUCAGCCAGCAUUCAGCAGCAGUAGCCGCGACGUGGUUGAAGGGCCCUUUCGGGAUGCCGUCGUGCUAAAAGUCCGGUGUCGCGGCUGUGUCGGUCUUAUAUCCCGUUGCCCUUCGACGUGGCUCUUCGCGCUUUAUAUACGCGACGAACCCGACUCGGAGCAGAACUUUCGGCAGUCGAGUGGAUGCAUCGGGAUCAAGUUCUGUUCCUCGUAUCCACAUAGUUUCGCAGGUGCGCGGUUUUCGAUUUCCCUCACGAGAUCGGAGCAGAGGAUCCGACACAAAGGGUCUUCUCGGCGUAAGUUCGCGCGUGAUCGGCCGGGACGAGAGUUUGCGCGCGGCGUGAGUUUUUCUUUCAGCGCUUCUGGUUCUCUGGAACGAUUGUCCCUUUGAGAAUAGAGAGAGAGAGAGAGGGAAGUUCGGGAUCGGUUCAUUGCUCCGAUCUGACAGAGACUUGAGAAAAAAUGUAAAUUUUCAGAACGUUUUUAAAUUCUUUUUUUCAAGAAUGCAAGUACAGAUCUCUUAAAUGAAAAUAAUGAGCAUAUAUUGGGUUUUCAAUCCAGUAUUUAAAAAAAUCACGCUGUUGUGCGCGGUUGAAGCAAUUGGUCGCUAAUAACUCAUUCUGUCCGAAACCCGUCGCCAUUCGUAAAUAUAAUUGAAAAAUACCAGGGGACAAAGUAACGCACGAGUGCCUUCGGCGGCAAUCCAUUCCGGCACGGUGGAAACAACGGUGAUUUUCUGGGCGAUUUUGUAAUUCGACGAGAGGACCAUCGCGAAAGUGCAGUGAGAUAAAUGUUUCAUGGACAUCCGGACACAUCGCGCUGGUCGACUCAUCGAUAGUUGCGGCGCGGUCGAAGGUGGUACGAAGAUCAUCGACGAUAUGUCCCCGGAAAUCCACGGACUCUCGUGAAAAAAUUACCUUUGGAGUUUAAAGAGGAAACAUCGAGGGAAAAAUGGCCGACCGACAGAGAAGGAGAUACUUGACCAUUAGUAUACUGCACAUUAUCACAAUAAUGUGUCAAGCGCUCUCCGAUCCGCCAAUAUUUGCCGAGCCGAUACCAAAUGUCACAGUGGCGCUGGGAAGGGAUGUCAGUCUACCCUGCGUCAUCGAAAAUCUCGGAACUUACAAGGUGGCGUGGAUUCAUGUUGGUCGUCAAAUGUUGCUAACUAUUCACAAACAUGUAGUCGUGAAAGUACCCAGGUUUUCUGUGUCACAUGACAAUCAGAAAACAUGGUUGCUUCAUAUUAAUAGCGUGCAACAAGACGACCGGGGUUAUUAUAUGUGCCAAGUAAAUACCAAUCCAAUGAUAAGCCAAGUGGGCUUUCUUCAAGUCGUCGUUCCACCAAAUAUAUUGGAUUCUCUUUCUACGGAGAGCACUGUGGCAGUUCGGGAACAUCAGAAUAUUACUCUCACGUGCAAGGCCGAUGGAUAUCCACCGCCGAAAUUAAUGUGGAAACGAGAGGACGGUCAAGCGAUAAGCAUCAACAAACAUAACAAAGUGGCCAUGCAUGAUGGCGAGCAAUUAAACUUGACGAGGAUCACGCGCAGCGAAAUGGGCGCUUAUCUCUGUAUCGCGACCAAUGGUGUACCGCCCACGGUCAGCAAGAGGAUCACCGUGGAUGUCGAAUUUAUGCCAAUGAUCUUCGUGCCGAAUCAGCUGGUAGGUGCGCCAACCGGUACCAAUGUAACGAUCGACUGUCACACGGAAGCUUAUCCCCGUGCCAUGAGUUACUGGUUUCUAGGAGAGGAGAUGAUUCUCUCCAAUGAGAAAUACACCACGAAUAUUAUGGAGAACAGCUACCGGGCGCACAUGAGACUCACCAUCAGAAACCUGACAGCGAACGACUUCGGUAGCUACCGCUGCAUUAGCAAGAACUCGCUGGGCGAGACCGAGGGAUCCAUCAGAUUAUACCCUAUCCCAAAACCAUCGGUGGCACCGAAAGCGACGGAGAUCAAGAGCAGCGCCAACAAAGAAGGACGACCGAGCACGCCACCGCCAGCAAAAAGGCUGACCACCGUGUGGCCCUCCUCGUACAACCCCUACAAUCCGAAAAGGACAGAGAGACCACCUCCACCGAGUGAGGAGAGGGUUGAGAGGCCCGAGCAGAAGCUACGUGGUGGCGAAAGUACAGGAAGCGCAUACAUCAUCAGAUGGAGUGCGCCGCAGUUGAUGGUCGUGGCGGUGCAGUACAUUCUCACGGGGCCCUACAUGCCUCCCUACGUACCCCAGACGGCAAAUUAAGACGGCAGUCGCGGAAAAAGAAGUAUCGUCGCGCCGUUCAACUCAAGGUGGGGAUCGUGUGGACGACACGACGAGAGAGGGAAUCCGAGAGAAAUUUUCUCGGUCCCUCUUAGAAUAUAUAUAUAUCGUCGCGUAUCUUUUGUACGAAAUACGCUUUUUGCGGAGCUUUCCGCGACGAAUAGGCAGAAUUGUGCGGAGUUAUACGAGUGGACAGGAAGUCGUGCUCGCGGACGGAUAACUGGUUUACGAUCGACAGACACCGAUAUAUUCCGGUUCCCGGAAUGGACUCCGAUUUCGCUUUAUGUACUGCACGCCGAAUAGUUCGAUCAUCGGAUUGGGAGAUUUAUGCACAUGACGACAGCAAGGUAUUACGCAAUUUUAUUCUUAUUAAAUGGUCCUCGCGCAGAGGAUAAUACGGUGAAAUUCCUGGCUGUGCUCUCGAUAGGUUUCGUUCUCGUUAUGGACGUCGCGAAUAAUUCUCUAUGAAAUUUCUCGCGCGCAAGAUCGAUUGAUUAGCGUGCGCUCCGCUUUGGUCAGCGUCUCUCAAAGGUUCAAAAUUUAAACGGGUAGUUAGAGAGAGCGAUUGAUAUGUGGCGGAUGAGUCGUGAUAUUAAUAAAUCCUAAAUAUUAAUAUCACUGCAUGUCAAAUAUAUUUGAAUAUAUGCAAGACGAUUUUAAACUAAAAUAUAUUCGGAUUAAU